UCAGAUGAUAAAGUACUCAUGCCAUGAACAUUGUGGAAUGAGACUGCUGGGUAAUUUGAUUGUCAUGAUCCAAAGUCCAACUGUUGCAACAUGCACAGACUUCAACUGCGGAAAGCACUAGAAAGGAUUUCUGAGGCUAAGGAUUUAAAAAAGGACUAAGUGUCUGUAAGGAUGACCACCUGCUGAUCCACUGAGGUUGCAGGAUGGUGAAACGAGUAUUUGUAGCCUACGUCCUGUGGGCAGUGGGUGGGCCUUUUGGUCUCCACCAUCUCUAUUUAGGAAGAGACAGCCAUGCUCUACUCUGGAUGAUAACCCUGGGAGGAUUUGGCUUUGGUUGGGUCAGGGAGUUUUUGCGUAUUCCUGCUUAUGUCAGAGAGGCCAAUCAAGAUGUAGACAAAGAGAGAAAAAGACCCCACAACAUUGCCCCCCCGCCCGCUAGCCCGGUGAGAUUUGCUGGACAGGUUUGUGUUGGGAUCUACUUCGGCACAGUGGCUCUGAUAGGACUGAAUUCCCUCAGUUUCUUCUACUUGAUUGUUCUGCCUCUAAGUGUGGGUGCGGGAGUGCAUCUGGUGGCCAGCGUGGGCCAGCAGACCUCAGAUCUGCACAAAACGCUGACAGCCUGUCUCAUAACGUCGCCCAUAUUCUAUGGCAGCAGUCUGUCACCUCUUCCCAUCAGCUUGGCUGCUAGUGUCACAGCCUCGCAGCACCGCAGACUCAAACCUCCCCGCUCACCUGAUAGUACGCAGAAAUUAGGUCCACGGAUUUACAGGCUCAGUCUGGCCUUGCUGGCCUUCUCUGCUCCCCUCGGUUACUGCAUUUUUCACAACACCACGGCCACCCUUUACUACCUGUCUGACUGUAUAGCGGCCCUGCUGGACAUCUUCUGGUUUCUGCCUUGGCUCCGAGGUGUACUGGAGUACAUUCUUUUAAUCCCAUACAAGAUCCUUUGUGGACUCACUGGAGGGAGCUAUCAGGAGGAGGCCUGGAAGAAGGUUCUGGAAAUAUUGCUGAAAGAUUACACCCAGAAAGAGAAAGAGGCUCUGCAGGUGUUGUCCCUGGAGGCUGAGGCCUCUUUUGAAGAGAUAACUCGGAGCUAUAGGGAGUUGGCAAAGACGUGGCAUCCAGACCACAACCUAGACAACGACGCUGGGGCGACGUUCAUGAAGAUCCAGGAGGCCUAUGAGGUUCUGCAGCGGUGGCACAGGCCCCGCCGGUUUAAGUAGCAGCAGCUCUGUGUUCCCUGCUCACUGCAUUACUUUAAGGUAACGAUUUUUGCACUGUUUGUGGAACAAUAAAGGAUCAAAUGCUGAAGAGAUGAUUAAAACACUUGCUUUUGUUCAGUCGUUGCACAGAUGUUUCAAACAGCACUUUGCUGCCACCUUGUGGUGACAGAACAUGCGGAAAUAAAAUAAACUAUUUCAUCUCAGUAUUCAAGCUGCUUUUGAUAUCUGCUC